AUGUUCAUACCUUUUGCUACUGCAUAUAAAUUGCCCAUUCAUCAAUUAGACAUUAAUAAUGCCUACUUACAUGGGCAUAUUGAUGAAGAUCUUUACAUGAUGCCACCACAGGGCUACUCUAAAGGAGCUCAUGAGCCUGACAUCAUAAAUGUGAAGCAUUUUCUUGAUAAAAAAUUCACAAUACAUUACCUUAGGUAUGUUAAUUACUUUCUCGAGCUGGAGAUUGCAAGAUCAUCUACUAGUACUUUCUUAAGUCAGCGUAAAUAUGUUCUUGACAUUAUCAAGGACGUAAGGCUUACGCAAGCCAAGAUUGUAGAUUUUCUAAUGCCAAAAGUUUUAAAGCUCAACACUGAUGAUGGGUGUCCUGUGAAAGGAUUAUUUUUCCUUGUUGACAAUGACUUUUAUAUUUGUAUUUAUUAUGAUGCGGAUUGGGCCCCAUGCCCCAUGUCAUGGAAGUCUCUCAUGGGAUUUUGUAUUUUCUUAAGAUCCUCUCUUGUCUCUUUGAAAUCCAAGAAGCAAACUAUAGUAAGCAAGUCCUCAACUGAGGCAGAACAUUAUAGCAUGGCUACAACCGUUUGUGAACUCCAAUGGAUCAGUUACAUUCUCCAAGAGUUUCAAAUUCAACCAUUAUUGCCAUAA